UCAAUUUAUCGGUCUAGGGUUUUUUCAGUAGCGCAUAUAAAAUCUCGCCCCUCUACUCUCACUCCCUCUCUUCACUCUCUACUCGCAUCUACAGAGCUUCUCCCUCUGCAUCUUUCUCUUCCCUCUCUCCCAAAUCGAAUAUGGCGGUUACCUUCUCGGAUCUGCACACAGAAUCCGGCCUCAAGGCCCUCGACGCCUUCCUCUCCGGCAAGUCAUACAUCUCUGGGAGUCAGUUGACGAAAGACGAUGUUAAAGUUUACGCCGCCAUUUCGGGAAAGCCGAGUGCCGAUCUUUACCCUAAUGCCUGCAAGUGGUACGAAGCUGUUUCCGCGAAGCUAGCAUCCAGCUUCCCUGGCAAAGCUGUUGGAGUAAAGAUCGGAGGCCAAGCUGCCGUAGCAGCUGUUGAAGCUAAGGAGGAAGCUGCCGAUGAUGAUGAUGAUCUUGAUCUCUUUGGCGAUGAGACAGAGGAGGAAAAGAAGGCUGCAGAAGCGAGGGAAGCAGCCAAGGCACCUGCUAAGAAGAAAGAAAGUGGGAAGUCAUCUGUUCUCAUGGAUAUUAAGCCCUGGGAUGACGAGACAGACAUGAAGAAGCUUGAAGAAUGUGUUCGAAGCAUUGAGAUGCCAGGACUCUUCUGGGGAGCAUCCAAAUUGGUCCCAGUUGGUUAUGGGAUUAAGAAGCUCCAGAUCAUGCUUACCAUUAUUGAUGAUCUAGUCUCUGUUGACACUAUGAUAGAGGAGCAGCUCACUGUGGAGCCUUGCAACGAAUACAUCCAAAGUUGCGACAUUGUUGCCUUCAACAAGAUUUGAGGCCAACCUGCUUCCAAGCCUUGUCCGGCGAUAAUUUUGUUAUUCACUAGCACUUUUUUGCUUGUUUUGGUUUAUACUACCUUCAUUGUUACUAAGAGGGAUGUGUUCUCUGAAGGGAAGAGGAAUUGAUGCUUUAAAACACUCCAUUUGCGGAUUUGAUUUGGUGGUGUUUGAUGAAA